GGCGUGGUGUUGGGGCGAUGGACGGGGCUGGGGUGUUCUCAUCGGAUGAGUGAGCGUGCCCUUUGUGCAUAGGCAUAUGUGGAUAGAUUCAUGGAGGCGAUUUGGACAAGCGAGUGCAUGGAUGCCAUCUGUCAAUUGUCUCUUCCCUCAAUUUCCUCGUCGACGUUUGGCAGAUGCUGAGUAUGUCAGACUCUUGAUUGCUCUCCCUCUCUCUCCCUCUGUUUGUGGUCUGUCCUUGCUGCUGGUGUACACCACACCACACUUUCGAUUGACCCUCACCCACCCACCCUUUGUCUGCUGUCUUGUACGUGUGUGUUCGGUGGUUUUCCCUCUCCUGCGCGGCCACAAGGAGAAAGUUGUGACCCUCCAUCGCAGCCGUGGUACCGUGGAGACAGAGUCACGCCCGUGGGGGCGCCCCCACCAAACGCCAUGAGGAGACUUCGAGUUGCCAGCGUGUUGUUCAUCUUGAUUUGUCUCUGGGAGAUAUCAGAUGCGUCAAGGGACAGCAACGUGACAGCCAACGUGACGGUGGGGAUUCUGAUCAACCUCAGCGGCUACCAGGACAAGUGCGGCCUGCAGCGGUUUCUCGCCGUCCUCGCGGCCAUCCUGCACGGCCACCACCGCCACGCCACCUACUGCCCGUCCAUCAAGCAGCUGUCUUCUUCAGCCUCUCUGGUGCCCCACGUCAAUUGGGAGGCGAGGGACACAGAGGGCCGCCCGUCUCUCUCUCGGAUAGAGUCGUACAGGUGGAUGGAGGACCGCAGCAAGUGGCGGGGGAGGCUCGUGGGAGUGCUGGGGCCGACCACCAGCGGGUCUAGCCGGGUGGUGGGGCAGGUGCUGGAGAUUGAGGGGAUACCGCACCUGCCCUGGGUGGCGUCCGACACAGAUGUCGUCGGCAAGAAGAUCUACCCGUUCACGUUCAGAACGGUCAGCGCGCAGCCACAGCCACACACAAAACACAAUCAUCCAUUGCUCAUAUUCUUGUGUGUAUGGCACGUCAGGUCGCGUCGAAUGCCCUGAUCGCUCAGGCCGCUGCAUCUUUGAUCGGCUCCUUUGGCUGGUCUGAGUUUAUUGCUGUGAGCAUACCGGCCGACUCGACGUCCCAGGACAUCUUCAGCGACCUUUACUUCCAAGUGACUGGUUUGGUCUGACCAAGCCUGGCAGCGGGCGACGACGGCAGCAAAGUAGUGAA